AAUUUUAUUUCGUAUAUUAGUACCUAGAAUUAUUUAAAUACGUAUACGUAUGAUGAGUAACAAAAAUGUUGAAUUUUCGAACCCACAGAACUUGCCAGCCGAGAGGCUACUGCUGUCGGUGUCGGACUCGGGCUUUAUGCGACAAAUCAAAGCAUUGGACCCAUAUUGGGUGGAAUGCAGAGAGAUGAUAGUGUAUGAGAGCCCUCCGUCGGGCAGUGGGCUGGUACUCGGCGCUGUAGACGCGUGGAAGACUCGGAUGGACGGGUACUUGGAAGAUCUCAAGUGGCUCCUUAGUUUAGAACAUCACAGAUUUUGGAGCACGGUGCUAUACCACCCGCAGUGCAUGGACUCGCUGGUGUCCUUCCUACAGGAGGCGAGUCCGCCGUACAUGCCGCCGCACGAGACCAGAGACGUACAGAAACUGUACGCCGAAAUUAGGAGGCUAAUACUGGUUGUGUUCAGCAGGCUUAUUACUAAUAAGGAGAGUAAGUCUCAGUGGAUAAGCAAAGAAUACAUGGCCGACCUCAUAUACGACAAUUUCGUGUUCACUAUACCUAUACUAUGGGACACGUGUCUGGUGUACGGCGUGGACAACACUAGGCACGUGUCCCGUGUGCUGGAGAGCGUGUUCACGUUGCAGCCGCGGUACGAGAGCGACGCGGCGGCCGCGGUAGCGUUCGUGAAUGAGGCCUUCAAAUACAUAAUCCUGCAAGUAAACAAAGACUACGACGCCGUAGACCCGCCGAACUUGCCCAAGACCUUCGAAGGCUUCAGCGAGAUUAAGAGACCUCCCAACAGCAAGGAACAGGGACCGCUCACCUUUAGUAUAUUGAAGGAUUUGGUCAUACACUUACUGGAUAUGGCGAUGACGCUGAGGAUAUUUCUGGAAGCGUACCCUAAGGGAGUUAAAAUAUUUAGAAAGACUAAUUUUGUAAAUAGUAUAGUGCAACUCUAUGAAUACGGCAUCCCGAACUUGUAUGACAAGCUGAAAGAAGUGGGCGAUGAAACCAGCGUCGCGUACACGGAAGUGGAGGGGCACAUAGACACGGCGCGCGCUGAACUCAUAGACAUAUUCAGGGAAAUGCUGGCGGUGUAUAAGAACGCCAUUUUGAAUGGGGAAGGCAGCGUGAGCGGCCACGUGGAAGACUACUUGGCCGUGAUGAUGGAUGGGCUUUCGGAGCGGCUCCUCAUAAGCGAUUACCAUGCUUGCUACCCAGUCCAUGAGGAUCUAGAGAUGCUGAGGGUUGCGUACCCUGAUAUCGACCCAGUGAAAACGGACUUCAUCCUCCAAGCAAUCUACUCCAACCUCGACGAGCCAACCCCCCCACCCCUCACCAACGGCCACUCCGACCCCUCGCCCGACCCCCCCAACCCCCCGGCCAUAGACAACGAAAUACCCGUAGACGUUAGACAGGAGUCAUUGAUCAGUGAAGUGAGAGAUAUAUUGCCACAUUUGGGAGACGGGUUCAUUUUGAAAUGUUUGGAGCAUUAUGGUUUUAACUCGGAGAGGGUUAUUAAUAGUAUAUUGGAGGAUAAUUUGGACGCUUCGUUAAGAGGCCUAGACCGGUCCCUCCCAAUCAUACCAAAAGACCCGCUCGACGAGAAGUUUUUAGAGACUGGCGUCGAAAGACUGAAUGUGUUCGACGGAGACCAGUUCGACAUCAUGACUCGAGAUGACGUGGACUUGACUAAGAUACAUGUGGGGAAAAGAAAGGAUAAACAUAGGAAUAUUAAGGAGUUGCUAGAUGAUAAGAGCGAUGUUAGGCAGCGGGUGGAUAUAUAUAGCAAGUAUAAUUUGGUGUGCGACGAGCAAGCGAUGUACAGCGAUGAAUAUGACGAUACAUACGAUUCUGAUGGCGUAACGCCCGCCCCAGCAGCCGUAACGCCCGCCCCAGCAGACCCCACCGACGAACGACGACCGUUUGUCACGCCAAGAGCGCUUCAGACACGACAAGAGCUAGAGAGUUCAUCCGAAGAGGAACCAGAACCGACGCCAGCGCCAUCUACCUACAACGCCCGGAACCGAAUGGACUUCUGUCAAAACCCCGAGGAGAUCCGAAUGAGGCGAGAGGCCAACUACCAGGCCAGGCGAGGCCGCGGCGGCCAUCGGCCUCCACCGCCGUCUAACAAGGACGUGGUGGGUAAGCCCCGCGGACAGGGGCAAGAGAAGGAGGUGUUGGCCAACCGCGACCGCAAGGAGAAACAUAAAGGUGCCCGCGGCAACCACUCGCGGAGACAGGGCGCACAGUGGAAACGCUGCCAGGGCAUGAUGCCCUCAUAA